CUGUCGCCCGUUCCCUCCAGGAGAAACGCCAUUGUUGCCCACAAACCAACUCUCCGACUCUUCGUUCCCGUCGCUCCCCUUCCCGCUUUUUCCAUUAUUGUCUAUCGCGUCGUCUCCGGCUGCAGCUCCGUCCGCCGUUGCACGUCUCGCGUCCGUCUUUCGGCUUCAGCGCCACUGCCAUUGACUUUCUGCCCUACGCGAUCGAAUCCGGCCCCAGCUCGCCCGCUUUCCUUCCUCGCCCGCGCCGCCUUUGCGCCAGUGGAUCGCCUUGACUCGAUCAUCUGUGCACUGGCAGGACUCGUCGUUUCAAGCGACAUCCUGCGCGGUGUGGUCACUUACACGGCUUGGUGACUUGCCAUGGCAACCGUUUGAACAACUUUCACCAUUUUCGGUUUGCGGCCAACUUUUGCAGGUCAAUUCACCCGAAGUUCCUUGUUGGGCGCGCUGCCUCAGAGAAAGCGUCUGCAUGCCAAACUUGUUUUCCUGGCGGCGACUGGGGGGCGUUAGACAGCCUUUUUACUGCUCGGCCUGCAAAAGCAGCCUCUGCAUAUAAACUAUACGCCCACCACUUUUCUGCUCUCGUCUCCGAGACCGGGGCUGUACCUGGCCGCCUCUACCACUACAAUAUUGCCGACAAUGGACGGCAACACCGACCCGGAGACGCUGUACACGAAGCAGAACUGCAUUGGCGGGGGCUCUUUUGGCAAGGUCUACAAAGGUGUCGACAAGCGUACCGGCCAGACGGUCGCGAUCAAGAUCAUAGACGUCGAGAACGCCGAGGAUGAGGUGGACGAUAUCAUCACAGAGAUCAGCAUCUUGUCGGAGCUGCAGUCGCCCUACACCACGAAGUACUAUGGCAGCUUCCUCAAAGGCAGCGACCUCUGGAUUGUCAUGGAGUUCUGCGCGGGCGGCAGCUGCGCAGACCUCAUGAAGCCGGGGCCCUUGGGUGAAGAAAGUAUCAGCAUAAUUCUCAGGGAACUCCUGUAUGGACUUGAGUAUCUGCAUGGGGAUAACAAGUUACAUAGAGACAUCAAAGCUGCAAACAUCCUGCUUGGUGCGAACGGGCAGGUAAAGCUUGCGGACUUUGGCGUUUCUGGACAACUGUCACAAACGAUGACCAAGAAGAAUACGUUUGUUGGUACCCCGUUCUGGAUGGCCCCCGAGGUGAUCAAACAAUCCGGGUAUGAUCAUAAAGCGGACAUCUGGUCCUUGGGAAUCACAGCUUUGGAACUGGCCAACGGCGAGCCACCGUACUCAGACAUCCAUCCAAUGAAGGUCCUUUUCUUGAUUCCAAAGAACCCUCCUCCCUCCCUGGAAGGCAACUGGAGCCCUGCUUUCAAAGACUUUGUGGAGCGGUGUGUUAAGAAGGAACCGAGAGAGCGACCGUCCGCGAAGGAGCUCUUGAAACAUCCGUUCAUACGUAAGGCGAAGAAGUUUCAAUACCUGACAGAGCUCAUUGAGCGUUAUGAAAGGUGGCAGGUCACGCACAAAGAUAAGAUGCAGGACAGCGAGGACGAAGAGUAUUCGGAGCCAGAGAAGCCAAGCCCAUCAAGUGAAGAUUUAUGGGACUUCGGCACAAUAAGACCCACUGGCGGUACUAGAUCACAGGGAUUAAAAGCAAUGAACGACGCGGCAGCAAAUGCUAGAAGCGGUUCUACCCCACCAAACGAGACGGGAAGUCCAAGAAAAAGCGGGAGAAGCGAUGUUGAAAAUCAGCAGAGAAGGGUUCCGUCAGGAAAUACAAUUCGCGCGUCAAAGCCACCUCCAGGAAUGGCCAGUCCCCCAAGCCUCAGUCCAACACGAAAGCCAGUGCCUUCACCAGCAAAUGCACCAUAUUCACCCAGUGCAGCGGCGAAGAUUCCUCUGCCACCUAGUCCGCAAAAGGCGCAGCAAAGUUCAGUGCGGUCUGCGCAUCAGAAUCAUAGCUCGUCGACGAAGCAGCAGUUGCCUCCUCUGCCCCCGCAAAUGAAGCCUUUAACUUUUGACUUGUCCAACAAUGAACCAGAAGCUGUGACUCGCGAUUUUGCCGUGACAGAAACCAGUAAUACACCAACGCAGCCGGGUUCAUCAAGCACAAUCGCGGCACCAGUGUUGACAGCUUCUUUAGCGCCAGCUGUUGAUCUGCACUCUCCAAACAUACGACAGUCAUCACCGCUAUCGUCGACACCUAUGACGCCAAAGAGGGAGCAGUUAACGCAACAAAAACCAUUCCCACCAAUGCCCCAGCAACCCUUGCCAUCAUUCACAUCCCAGUCACCAAUCUCUCCAAUGAUUCAACGAAAAUCGACUCCUGGGCAACAGGGAAUACCAGCCGACCAUCCAAAGCAGCAGCAACGGCGGCGAUCCAGCGCUUCUCGACCAUCGCUCGAUCUUGUAUCAAGUGAUCCAAGAAGAUCGUCUGCAAUUCCAGGAAACGAAAUUCGACCAGGAACCGCGCAAAGCCCACUUCGACAGCCAAAUCUAAUAAGUUCCUCGGCGCCCUUUAGUCCGUCUCUGGAUAUCCCUUUCCGAAAGGAUAUAACAACACCUCCAGCGUCCAUGCCACCGUCUUUAACGUCGUCCACUAGUUCAUUGUCUUCGCAAACUGUGAUGACCCCUCAGCUACCUCAGCAGACUGCAGAAGUGACCGCCUUGAAUUCAGUCGUUAUUCCAGCGCUGGAGGCAGCGCUCCACCGGCGUGCAUACAACAUGAAUAGCAUGAUACAGGAAGGACUGCAAGGAGGCAAUGGGGGGCAUCGCAUGACGACGCAAGAGAUGCAAAAGCUCCAGCAGGGACAUGAAAAUGUGAGAAGAUUGGUUGGACGGGCAAUACGAAUGAUGAGCGAGAUCGAUGACGCCGACGCGAGAGCACCCGUAGGCAUGGGUGGAGGUGUCGAAGGCUUCCUGGAAGGCUUCUUGGAAGAAAUUCUAGUGCGUGUAGAAGCAGUCGAAGACGAAGGAGAGGAAUUAGGAGCGACUACGCAGAGAUAAUGGCUGAUGAGACAAUGACGACCGACGCUUUUUUUUUCUUUUGUGAAAAUUGCAUACGACAAGACCAAGUACAAUGUCAGGAAUGCAAUAUGGAAAAUAGGAGGCUGCAACAAAUAAGCAUAAAUUUUCGUACAAGUUAUUGUACUCAUGCGCUGUAAUUUCUUGAUGGCAUUUUGAGGCAAAGAUACCUGCUAUACGAAUUCCUCACGAUGUAUAGGAUAGUCUGAAAAUCGCAGAACGCAAGGCAAGACAACGAUAAGGAAAACUAGAGAACGACCGUCAGGGUUUGAUCAUGCUUUGCCGUUUAACGACUUCAGUUUCACGAACGGGCAGAUUGUUAGCCUUGUCGCAGAGGCUAGAAAUGAAGCUAUGACUACGACAAGAGAAAAGGAACUAUCAGAAUGACAACUGCCGUCAGAAUUAAUAUGGCCCAAGCUCCUACUACAGCCAACACAGCAUCCACUUCCAACCUCAGCUGAGCGCAGAAACGAG